AGGGGGUUACCAGGGGUUACAUGGGGUUACAAAGGGUUACAGGGGGUUACAGGACGUUACAAGGGGUUACAGGGGGUUACAAAGAACUAUAGAAACUUUUUUCUAAGUAGAACGUUCCGAAAUACUUUUUCUUGGUUGAUUUUGCAUAAAAAUUAAAGUUGAAGAAAUCUUAAAUUUUUGAGCCAAGUGAUGGACUAACCCCUUUUGAAAAAUUCUAACUUUGCGUUUUUCAUAAAGAGUUGUUCUUAUGGUCUUUAAAGGCGUCUUUUUUAUGUAGAACGUCAGCAAACAGUUUUUCUAAAUCUAUUUUUGAUAAACACAAAAUAUGGAAAAACUUGAACUUUUUGACCAAAAUCAUGGACUAUCCCCUUUGAAAAAAUGCCAAUUUUGCGUUCUUUUUAAAUCCAUGUUUGUAUUGUCUAAAAACGCUUGUUUACUAACGAGAACGUCACCAAAUAGUUUUUAAGCUGUAAUUUAGUUAAAACGAAACGUUAAAAAAAUUUCAAAUUUUUGACCAAAACCAUGGACUAACCCCUUUGGAAAAAUGCCAAUUUUGGGGUUUUUGAAAGCGAUGUUUUCAUUGUCCAGAAAGACUUGUUUGGUAUAUAAAAGAUCAAAGAUCGUUUUUCACGAUUUAUUUUCACGAUCUAUUACAUGGGAAUACAGGGGGUUACAAGGGGUUACAUGGGGUUACAAGGGGUUACAGGGGGUUACAAGGGGUUACAAGGGGUUACAGGAGGUUACAAGGGGUUUCCGGUGGUUACAAAGAACUAUAGAAACUUUUUUCUAACUAGAACGUUCCCAGAGAGUUUUUCUUGGUUGAUUUUGCAUAAAAAUCGAAGUUCAAGAAAUCUUUAAUUUUUGAGCAAAGUGAUGGACUAACCCUUUUUGAAAAAUUCUAACUUUGCGUUUUUCAUAAACAGUUAUUGUUAUGGUCUUUAAAGGCGUCUUUUUUAUGUAGAACGACAGCAAAGACUUUUUCUAAAUCUAUUUUUGAUAAACACAAAAUAUGGAAAAACUUGAACUUUUUGACCAAAAUCAUGGACUAUCCCCUUUGAAAAAAUGCCAAUUUUGCGUUUCUUUUAAAUCCAUGUUUAUAUUUUCUAAAAACGCUUGUUUACUAACGAGAAUGUCACCAAAUAGUUUUUUAAGGUGUAAUUUGGUUAAAACGAAACGUUAACAAAAUUUCAAAUUUUUGACCAAAACCAUGGACUAACCCCUUUGGAAAAAUGCCAAUUUUGGGGUUUUUGAAACCGAUGUUUUCAUUGUCCAGAAAGGCUUGUUUGCUAUAUAAAAGGUCAAAGAUCGUUUUUCACGAUUUAUUUUCACGAUCUAUUACUUGGGAAUACCGGGGGUUACAAGGGGUUACAUGGGGUUACAAGGGGUUACAGGGGGUUACAAGGGGAUACAGGGGGUUACAAGGGGUUACAGGAGGUUACAAGGGGUUACAGGGGGUUACAAAGAACUAUAGAAACUUUUUUCUAACUAGAACGUUCUCAGAUAGUUUUUUUGGUUGAUUUUGCAUAAAAAUCGAAGUUGAAGAAAUCUUAAAUUUUUGAGGCAAGUGAUGGACUAACCCCUUUUGACAAGUUCUAACUUUGCGUUUUUCAUAAAGAGUUGUUCUUAUGGUCUUUAAAGGCGUCUUUUUUAUGUAGAACGUCAGCAAACACUUUUUCUAAAUCUAUUUUUGAUAAACACAAAAUAUGGAAAAACUUGAACUCUUUGACCAAAAUCAUGGACUAUCCCCUUUGGAAAAAUGCCAAUUUUGGGGUUUUUGAAACCGAUGUUUUCAUUGUUCAGACAGGCUUGUUGGCUAUAUAAAAGGUCGAACAUCGUUUUUUCACGAUUUAUUUUCAAGAUCUAUUACAUGGGAAUACAGGGGGUUACAAGGGGUUACAUGGGGUUACAAGGGGUUACAGGGGAUUACAAGGGGUUACAGGAGGUUACAAGGGGUUAAAGGGGGUUACAAGGGGUUACAGGAGGUUACAAGGGGUUACAGGGGGAAACAAAGAACUAUAGAAACUUUUUUCUCACUAGAACGUUCCCAGAUAGUUUUUCUUGGUUGAUUUUACAUAAAAAUCGAAGUUGAAGAAAUCUUAAAUUUUUGAGCCAAGUGAUGGACUAACCCCUUUUAAAAAAUUUUAACUUUGUGUUUUUCAUAAAGAGUUGUUCUUAUGGUCUUUAAAGGCGUCUUUUUUAUGUAGAACGUCAGCAAACACUUUUUCUAAAUCUAUUUUUGAUAAACACAAAAUAUGGAAAUACUUGAAUUUUUUGACCAAAAUCAUUGACUAUCCCCUUUGAAAAAAAGCGAAUUUUGCGUUCUUUUUAAAUCCAUGUUUAUAUUGUCUAAAAACGCUUGUUUACGAACGAGAACGUCACCAAAUAGUUUUUUAAGGUGUAAUUUGGUUAAAACGAAACGUUAACAAAAUUUCAAAUUUUUGACCAAAACCAUGGACUAACCGCUUUGGAAAAAUACCAAUUUUGGGGUUUUUGAAACCGAUGUUUCUAUUGUCCAGAAAGGCUUGUUUGCUAUAUAAAAGGUCGAAGAUCGUUUUUGACGAUUUAUUUUCACGAUCUAUUACAUCGGAAUACAUGAGGUUACAAGGGGUUACAUGGGGUUACAAGGGGUUAGAGGGGGUUACAAGGGGUUACAGGAGGUUACAAGGGGUUACAGGGGGUUACAAAGAACUAUAGAAACUUUUUUCUAACUAGAACGUUCUCGGAUAGUUUUUUUGGUUGAUUUUGCAUAAAAAUCGAAGUUGAAGAAAUCUUAAAUUUUUGAGCCAAGUGAUGGACUAACCCCUUUUCAAAAUUUCUAACUUUGCGUUUUUCAUAAAGAGUUGUUCUUAUGGUCUUUAAAGGCGUCUUUUUUAUGUAGAACGUCAGCAAAGACUUUUUCUAAAUCUAUUUUUGAUAAACACAAAAUAUGGAAAAACUUGAACUUUUUGACCAAAAUCAUGGACUAUCCCCUUUGAAAAAAUGCGAAUUUUGCGUUCUUUAAAAACCAUGUUUAUAUUGUCUAAAAACGCUUGUUUACGAACGAGAAUGUCACCAAAUAGUUUUUAAGGUGUAAUUUGGUUAAAACGAAACGUUAACAAAAUUUCAAAUUUUUGACCAAAACCAUGGACUAACCCCUUUGAAAAAAUGCCAAUUUUGCCUUUUUUUUAAAUGCAUGAUUAUAUUGUCUUAAAACGCUUGUUGACUAACGAGAAUGUCACCAAAUAGUUUUUGAAGGUGUAAUUUGGUUAAAACGAAACGUUAACAAAAUUUCAAAUUUUUGACCAAAACCAUGGACUAACCCCUUUGGAAAAAUGCCAAUUUUGGGGUUUUUGAAACCGAUGUUUUCAUUGUCCUGAAAGGCUUGUUUGCUAUAUAAAAGAUCAACGAUCGUUUUUCACGAUUUAAUUUCAUGAUCUAUUACAUGGGAAUACAGGGGUUUACAAGGGGUUACAUGGGGUUACAAGGGGUUACAGGGGGUUACAAGGGGUUACAGGAGGUUACAAGGGGUUUCCGGUGGUUACAAAGAACUAUAGAAACUUUUUUCUAACUAGAACGUUCCCAGAUAGUUUUUCUUGGUUGAUUUUGCAUAAAAAUCGAAGUUGAAGAAAUCUUAAAUUUUUGAGCCAAGUGAUGGACUAACCCCUUUUGAAAAAUUCUAACUUUGCGUUUUUCAUAAAGAGUUGUUCUUAUGGUCUUUAAAGGCUUCUUUUUUAUGUAGAACGACAGCAAACACUUUUUCUAAAUUUCUUUUUGAUAAACACAAAAUAUGGAAAAACUUGAACUUUUUGACCAAAAUCAUGGACUAUCCCCUUUGAAAAAAUGCCAAUUUUGCGUUGUUUUUAAAUCCAUGUUUAUAUUGUCUAAAAAGGCUUGUUUACUAACGAGAACGUCACCAAAUAGUUUUUUAAGGUGUAAUUUGGUUAAAACGAAACGUGAACAUAAUUUCAAAUUUUUGACCAAAACCAUGGACUAACCCCUUUGGAAAAAUGCCAAUUUUGGGGUUUUUGAAACCCAUGUUUUCAUUGUCCAGAAAGGCUUGUUUGCUAUAUAAAAGGUCAAAGAUCGUUUUUGACGAUUUAUUUUCACGAUCUAUUACAUGGGAAUACAGGGGGUUACAAGGGGUUACAGGGGGUUACAAGGGGUUACAGGGGGUUACAAGGGGUUACAGGAGGUUACAAGGGGUUACAGGGGGUUACAAAGAACUAUAGAAACUUUUUUCUAACUAGAACGUUCUCAGAUAGUUUUUUUGGUUGAUUUUGCCUAAAAAUCGAAGUUGAAGAAAUCUUAAAUUUUUGAGCCAAGUGAUGGACUAACCCCUUUUGAAAAUUUCUAAGUUUGCGUUUUUCAUAAAGAGUUGUUCUUAUGGUCUUUAAAGGCGUCCUUUUUAUGUAGAACGUCAGCAAACACUUUUUCUAAAUCUAUUUUUGAUAAACACAAAAUAUGGAAAUACUUGAAUUUUUUGACCAAAAUCAUUGACUAUCCCCUUUGAAAAAAAACCAAUUUUGCGUUCUUUUUAAAUCCCUGUUUAUAUUAUCUAAAAACGCUUGUUUACGAACGAGAACGUCACCAAAUAGUUUUUUAAGGUGUAAUUUGGUUAAAACGAAACGUUAACAAAAUUUCAAAUUUUUGACCAAAACCAUGGACUAACCCGUUUGGAAAAAUGCCAAUUUUAAGGUUUUUGAAACCGAUGUUUUUAUUGUCCAGAAAGGCUUGUUUGCUAUAUAAAAGGUCGACGAUCGUUUUUUGACGAUUUAUUUUGACGUUCUAUUACAUGGGAAUACAGGGCUUUACAUGGGGUUACAAGGGGUUACAAGGGGUUACAGGAGGUUACAAGGGGUUACAGGGGGUUACAAGGGGUUACAGGGGGUUAGAAAGAACUAUAGAAACUUUUUUCUAACUAGAACGUUCUCGGAUAGUUUUUUUGGUUGAUUUUGCAUAAAAAUCGAAGUUGAAGUAAUCUUAAAUUUUUGAGCCAAGUAAUGGACUAACCCCUUUUGAAAAUUUCUAACUUUGCGUUUUUCAUAAAGAGUUGUUCUUAUGGUCUUUAAAGGCGUCUUUUUUAUGUAGAACGUCAGCAAACACUUUUUCUAAAUCUAUUUUUGAUAAACACAAAAUAUGGAAAUACUUGAAUUUUUUGACCAAAAUCAUUGACUAUCCCCUUUGAAAAAAAGCGAAUUUUGCGUUCUUUUUAAAUCGAUGUUUAUAUUGUCCAAAAACGCUUGUUUACGAACGAGAACGUCACCAAAUAGUUUUUUAAGUUGUAAUUUGGUUAAAACGAAACGUUAACAAAAUUUCAAGUUUUUGACCAAAACCAUGGACUAACCCCUUUGGAAAAAUGCCAAUUUUGGGGUUUUUGAAACCGAUGUUUCUAUUGUCCAGAAAGGCUUGUUUGCUAUAUAAAAGGUCGAAGAUUGUUUUUUUACGAUUUAUUUUCACGAUCUAUUACAUGGGAAUACAUGGGGUUACAAGGGGUUACAUGGGGUUACAAGGGGUUACAGGGGUUACAAGGGGUUACAGGAGGUUACAAGGGGUUACAGGGGUUACAAAGAACUAUAGAAACUUUUUUUCUAACUAGAACGUUCUCGGAUAGUUUUUUUGGUUGAUUUUGCAUAAAAAUCGAAGUUGAAGAAAUCUUAAAUUUUUGAGCCAAGUGAUGGACUAACCCCUUUUCAAAAUUUCUAACUUUGCGUUUUUCAUAAAGAGUUGUUCUUAUGGUCUUUAAAGGCGUCUUUUUUAUGUAGAACGUCAGCAAAGACUUUUUCUAAAUCUAUUUUUGAUAAACACAAAAUAUGGAAAAACUUGAACUUUUUGACCAAAAUCAUGGACUAUGCCCUUUGAAAAAAUUCGAAUUUUGCGUUCUUUAAAAACCAUGUUUAUAUUGUCUAAAAACGCUUGUUUACGAACGAGAAUGUCACCAAAUAGUUUUUAAGGUGUAAUUUGGUUAAAACGAAACGUUAACAAAAUUUCAAAUUUUUGACCAAAACCAUGGACUAACCCCUUUGAAAAAAUGCCAAUUUUGCCUUUUUUUUAAAUGCAUGAUUAUAUUGUCUUAAAACGCUUGUUGACUAACGAGAAUGUCACCAAAUAGUUUUUGAAGGUGUAAUUUGGUUAAAACGAAACGUUAACAAAAUUUCAAAUUUUUGACCAAAACCAUGGACUAACCCCUUUGGAAAAAUGCCAAUUUUGGGGUUUUUGAAACCGAUGUUUUCAUUGUCCUGAAAGGCUUGUUUGCUAUAUAAAAGAUCAACGAUCGUUUUUCACGAUUUAUUUUCACGAUCUAUUACAUGGGAAUACAGGGGUUUACAAGGGGUUACAUGGGGUUACAAGGGGUUACAGGGGGUUACAAGGGCUUACAGGAGGUUACAAUGGGUUUCCGGUGGUUACAAAGAACUAUAGAAACUUUUUUCUAACUAGAACGUUCCCAGAUAGUUUUUCUUGGUUGAUUUUGCAUAAAAAUCGAAGUUGAAGAAAUCUUAAAUUUUUGAGCCAAGUGAUGGACUAACCCCUUUUGAAAAGCUCUAACUUUGCGUUUUUCAUAAAGAGUUGUUCUUAUGGUCUUUAAAGGCUUCUUUUUUAUGUAGAACGAAAGCAAACACUUUUUCUAAAUUUAUUUUUGAUAAACACAAAAUAUGGAAAAACUUGAACUUUUUGACCAAAAUCAUGGACUAUCCCCUUUGAAAAAAUGCCAAUUUUGCGUUGUUUUUAAAUCCAUGUUUAUAUUGUCUAAAAAGGCUUGUUUACUAACGAGAACGUCACCAAAUAGUUUUUUAAGGUGUAAUUUGGUUAAAACGAAACGUGAACAAAAUUUCAAAUUUUUGACCAAAACCAUGGACUAACCCCUUUGGAAAAAUGCCAAUUUUGGGGUUUUUGAAACCCAUGUUUUCAUUGUCCAGAAAGGCUUGUUUGCUAUAUAAAAGGUCAAAGAUCGUUUUUGACGAUUUAUUUUCACGAUCUAUUACAUGGGAAUACAGGGGGUUACAAGGGGUUACAGGGGGUUACAAGGGGUUACAGGGGGUUACAAGGGGUUACAGGAGGUUACAAGGGGUUACAGGGGGUUACAAAGAACUAUAGAAACUUUUUUCUAACUAGAACGUUCUCAGAUAGUUUUUUUGGUUGAUUUUGCAUAAAAAUCGAAGUUGAAGAAAUCUUAAAUUUUUGAGCCAAGUGAUGGACUAACCCCUUUUGAAAAGCUCUAACUUUGCGUUUUUCAUAAAGAGUUGUUCUUAUGGUCUUUAAAGGCGUCUUUUUUAUGUAGAACGUCAGCAAACACUUUUUCUAAAUCUAUUUUUGAUAAACACAAAAUAUGGAAAAACUUGAACUUUUUGACCAAAAUCUUGGACUAUCCCCUUGGAAAAAAUGCCAAUUUUGCGUUCUUUUUAAAUCCAUGUUUAUAUUGUCUAAAAAGACUUGUUUACUAGCGAGAACGUCACCAAAUAGUUUUUUAAGGUGUAAUUUGGUUAAAACGAAACGUUAACAAAAUUUCAAAUUUUUGACGAAACCCAUGGACUAACCCCUUUGGAAAAAUGCCAAUUUUGGGGUUUUUGAAACCGAUGUUUUCAUUGUUCAGAAAGGCUUGUUUGCUAUAUAAAAGGUCGAAGAUCGUUUUUUCACGAUUUAUUUUCACGAUCUAUUACAUGGUAAUACAGGUGGUUACAUGGGGUUACAGGGGGUUACAAGGGGUUACAGGAGGUUACAAGGGGUUACAGGAGGUUACAGGGGAUUACAAAGAACUAUAGAAACUUUUUUCUAAGUAGAACGUUCGGAAAUACUUUUUCUUGGUUGAUUUUGCAUAAAAAUCGAAGUUGAAGAAAUCUUAAAUUUUUGAGCGAAGUGAUCGACUAACCCCUUUUGAAAAGUUCUAACUUUGCGUUUUUCAUAAAGAGUUGUUGUUAUGGUCUUUAAAGGCGUCUUUUUUAUGUAGAACGUCAGGAAACAGUUUUUCUAAAUCUAUUUUUGAUAAACACAAAAUAUGGAAAAACUUGAACUUUUUCACCAAAAUCAUGCAGCGAAUUUUGCGUUCUUUUUAAAUCCAUGUUUAUAUUGUCUAAAAACGCUUUUUUACUAACGAGAACGUCACCAAAUAGUUUUUUAAGGUGUAAUUUGGUUAAAACGAAACGUUAACAAAAUUUCAAAUUUUUGACCAAAACCAUGGACUAACCGCUUUGGAAAAAUGCCAAUUUUGGGGUUUUUGAAACCGAUGCUUUCAUUGUCCAGAAAGGCUUGUUUGCUAUAUAAAAGGUCAAAGAUCGUUUUUUACGAUUUACUUUCACGAUCUAUUACUUGGGAAUACAGGGGGUUACAAGGGGUUACAUUGGGUUACAAGGGGUUACACGGGGUUACAGGGGGUUACAGGAGGUUACAAGGGGUUACAGGGGGUUACAAAGAAGUAUAGAAACAUUUUUUUCUAACUAGAACGUUCUCAGAUAGUUUUUUUGGUUGAUUUUGCAUAAAAAUCGAAGUUGAAGAAAUCUUAAAUUUUUGAGCCAAGUGAUGGACUAACUCCUUUUGAAAAGCUCUAACUUUGCGUUUUUCAUAAAGAGUUGUUCUUAUGGUCUUUACAGGCGUCUUUUUUAUGUAGAACGUCAGCAAACACUUUUUCUAAAUCUAUUUUUGAUAAACACAAAAUAUGGAAAAACUUGAACUUUUUGACCAAACUCAUGGACUAUCCCCUUUUAAAAAAUGCCAAUUUUGCGUUCUUUUUAAAUCCAUGUUUAUAUUUUCUAAAACGGCUUGUUUACUAACGAGAACGUCACCAAAUAGUUUUUUAAGGUGUAAUUUGGUUAAAACGAAACGUUAACACAAUUUCAAAUUUUUGACCAAAACCAUGGACUAACCCCUUUGGAAAAAUGCCAAUUUUGGGGUUUUUGAAACCGAUGUUUUCAUUGUCCAGAAAGGCUUUUUUGCUAUGUAAAACGUCGAAGAUUGUUUUUUUAAGAUUUACUUUCACGAUCUAUUACAUGGGAAUACAGGGGGUUACAAGGGGUUACAGGAGGUUACAAGGGGUUACAGGGGGUUACAGGGGGUUACAAGGGGUUACAGGGGGUUACAAGGGGUUACAGGAGGUUACAAGGGGUUACAAGGGGUUACAAAGAACUAUAGAAACUUUUUUCUAACUAGAACGUUCUCGGAAAGUUUUUCUUGGUUGAUUUUGCAUAAAAAUCGAAGUUGAAGAAAUCUUUAAUUUUUGAGCAGUGAUGGACUAACCGUUUUUGAAAAAUUCUAACUUUGCGUUUUUCAAAAAGAGUUAUUGUUAUGGUCUUUAAAGGCGUCUUUUUUAUGUGGAACGACAGCAAACACUUUUUCUAAAUCUAUUUUUUAAAAACACAAAAUAUGGAAAAACUUGAACUUUUUCACCAAAAUCAUGUACUAUCCCCUUUGAAAAAAUGCCAAUUUUGCGUUCUUUUUAAAUCCAUGUUUAUAUUGUCUAAAAACGCUUUUUUACUAACGAGAACGUCACCAAAUAGUUUUUUAAGGUGUAAUUUGGUUAAAACGAAACGUUAACAAAAUUUCAAAUUUUUGACCAAACCCAUGGACUAACCCCUUUGGAAAAAUGCCAAUUUUGGGGUUUUUGAAACCGAUGCUUUCAUUGUCCAGAAAGGCUUGUUUGCUAUAUAAAAGGUCAAAGAUCGUUUUUUACGAUUUACUUUCACGAUCUAUUACUUGGGAAUACAGGGGGUUACAAGGGGUUACAUUGGGUUACAAGGGGUUACACGGGGUUACAAGGGGUUACAGGAGGUUACAAGGGGUUACAGGGGGUUACAAAGAAGUAUAGAAACAUUUUUUUCUAACUAGAACGUUCUCAGAUAGUUUUUUUGGUUGAUUUUGCAUAAAAAUCGAAGUUGAAGAAAUCUUAAAUUUUUGAGCCAAGUGAUGGACUAACCCCUUUUGAAAAGCUCUAACUUUGCGUUUUUCAUAAAGAGUUGUUCUUAUGGUCUUUACAGGCGUCUUUUUUAUGUACAACGUCAGCAAACACUUUUUCUAAAUCUAUUUUUGAUAAACACAAAAUAUGGAAAAACUUGAACUUUUUGACCAAACUCAUGGACUAUCCCCUUUUAAAAAAUGCCAAUUUUGCGUUCUUUUUAAAUCCAUGUUUAUAUUUUCUAAAACGGCUUGUUUACUAACGAGAACGUCACCAAAUAGUUUUUUAAGGUGUAAUUUGGUUAAAACGAAACGUUAACACAAUUUCAAAUUUUUGACCAAAACCAUGGACUAACCCCUUUGGAAAAAUGCCAAUUUUAAGGUUUUUGAAACCGAUGUUUUCAUUGUCCAGAAAGGCUUUUUUGCUAUGUAAAACGUCGAAGAUUGUUUUUUUACGAUUUAUUUUCACGAUCUAUUACAUGGGAAUACAGGGGGUUACAAGGGGUUACAUGGGGUUACAAGGGGUUACAGGGGGUUACAAGGGGUUACAGGGAGUUACAAGGGGUUACAAAACGUUACAAGGGGUUACAGGAGGUUACAAGGGGUUACAAGGGGUUACAAAGAACUAUAGAAACUUUUUUCUAACUAGAACGUUCUCGGAUAGUAUUUUUAAUUGAUUUUGCAUAAAAAUCGAAGUUGAAGAAAUCUUAAAUUUUUGAGCCAGGUGAUGGACUAACCCCUUUUGGAAAAUUCUAACUUUGCGUUUUUCAUAAAGAGUUGUUCUUAUGGUCUUUAAAGGCGUGUUUUUUAUGUAGAACAUCAACAAACACUUUUUCUAAAUCUAUUUUUGAUAAACACAAAAUAUGGAAAAAGUUCAACUUUUUGACGAAAAUCAUGGACUAUCCCCUUUGAAAUAAUGCCAAUUUUGCGUUCUUUUAAAUCCAUGUUUAUAUUGUCUAAAAAGGCUUGUUUACUAACGAGAACGUCACCAAAUAGUUUUUCAAGGUGUAAUUUGGUUAAAACGAAAGGUUAACAAAAUUUCCAAUUUUUGACCAAAACUAUGGACUAACCCCUUUGGAAAAAUGCCAAUUUUGGGGUUUUUGAAAUCGAUGUUUUCAUUGUCCAGAAAGGCUGGUUUGCUAUAUAUAAGGUUGAAGAUCGUUUUUUGACUUUUUAUUUUCACGAUCUAUUACAUGGGAAUACAGGGGGUUACCAGGGGUUACAUAGGGUUACAGCGGGUUACAAGGGGUUACAGGUGGUUACAAGGGGUUACAGGAGGUUACAAGGGGUUACAGGGGGUUACAAGGGGUUACAGAAGGUUACAAGUGGUUACAGGGGGUUACAAAGAACUAUAGAAACUUUUUUCUAACAAGAACGUUCCCACAUACUUUUUCUUGGUUGAUUUUGCAUAAAAAUCGAAGUUGAAGAAAUCUUUAAUUUUUGACCAAAGUGAUGGACUAACCCCUUUUGAAAAAAUUCUAACGGGUUUUUCAUAAAGAGUUGUUCUUAUGGUCUUUAAAGGCGUGUUUUUUAUGUAGAACGUCAACAAAAACUUUUUCUAAAUCUAUUUUUGAUAAACACAAAAUAUGGAAAAAGUUCACCUUUUUGACCAAAAUCGUGGACUAUCCCCUUUGAAAAAAUGCAAUUUUGCGUUCUUUUUAAAUGCAUGUUUAUAUUGUCUAAAAAGGCUUGUUUACUAACGAGAACGUCACCAAAUAGUUUUUCAAGGUGUAAUUUGGUUAAAACGAAAGGUUAACAAAAUUUCCAAUUUUUGACCAAAACUAUGGACUAACCCCUUUGGAAAAAUGCCAAUUUUUGGGUUUUUGAAAUGGAUGUUUUCUUUGUCCAGAAAGGCUUGUUUGCUAUAUAAAAGGUCGAAGAUCGUUUUUUCACGAUUUAUUUUCACCAUCUAUUGCAUGGGAAUACCGGGGGUUACCAGGGGUUACAGGGGGUUACAAGGGGUUACAGGGGGUUACAAGGGGUUACAGAAGGUUACAAGUGGUUACAGGGGGUUACAAAGAACUAUAGAAACUUUUUUCUAACGAGAACAUUCCCAGAUACUUUUUCUUGGUUGAUUUUGCAUAAAAAUCAAAGGUGAAGAAAUCUUUAAUUUUUGACCAAAGUGAUGGAGGAACCCGUUUUGAAAAAUUCUAACUUUGCGUUUUUCAUAAAGAGUUGUUCUUAUGGUCUUUAAAGGCGUCUUUUUUAUGUAGACCGUAAGCAAAGACUUUUUCUAAAUCUAUUUUUGAUAAACACAAAAUAUGGAAAAAGUUCAACUUUUUGACCAAAAUCAUGGACUAUCCCCUUUGAAAAAAUGCCAAUUUUGCGUUCUUUUUAAAUCCAUGUUUAUAUUGUCUAAAAAGGCUUGUUUACUAAGGAGAACGUCACCAAAUAGUUUUUUAAGGUGUAAUUUGAUUAAAACGAAACGUUAACAAAAUUUCAAAUUUUUAACCAAAACUAUGGACUAACCCCUUUGGAAAAAUGCCAAUUUUGGGGUGUUUGAAAUCGAUGUUUUCAUUGUCCAGAAAGGCUUGUUUGCUAUAUAAGAGGUCGAAGAUCGUUUUUUGACGAUUUAUUUUCACGAUCUAUUACAUGGGAAUACAGGGGGUUACCAGGGGUUACAUAGGGUUACAGGGGGUUACAAGGGGUUACAGGUGGUUACAAGGGGUUACAGGGGGUUACAAGGGGUUACAGGGGGUUACAAGGGGUUACAGAAGGUUACAAGUGGUUAUAGGGGGUUACAAAGAACUAUAGAAACUUUUUUCUAACUAGAACGUUUCCAGAUACUUUUUCUUGGUUGAUUUGGCAUAAAAAUCGAAGUUGAAGAAAUCUUUAAUUUUUGACCAAAGUGAUGGACUAACCCCUUUUGAAAAAAUUCUAACGUUGGGUUUUUCAUAAAGAGUUGUUCUUAUGAUCUUUAAAGACGUGUUUUUUAUGUAGAACGUCAACAAAAACAUUUUCUAAAUCUAUUUUUGAUAAACACAAAAUAUGGAAAAAGUUCACCUUUUUUACCAAAAUCGUGGACUAUCGCCUUUGAAAAAAUGCAAUUUUGCGUUCUUUUUAAAUGCAUGUUUAUAUUGUCUAAAAAGGCUUGUUUACUAACGAGAACGUCACCAAAUAGUUUUUCAAGGUGUAAUUUGGUUAAAACGAAACGUUAACAAAAUUUCCAAUUUUUGACCAAAACUAUGGACUAACCCCUUUGGAAAAAUGCCAAUUUUGGGGUUUUUGAAAUCGAUGUUUUCAUUGUCCAGAAAGGCUUGUUUGCUAUAUAAAAGGUCGAAGAUCGUUUUUUGACGAUUUAUUUUCACGAUCUAUUACAUGGGAAUACAGGGGGUUACCAGGGGUUACAUAGGGUUACAGCGGGUUACAAGGGGUUACAGGUGGUCACAAGGGGUUACAGGAGGUUACAAGGGGUUACAGGGGGUUACAAGGGGUUACAGAAGGUUACAAGUGGUUACAGGGGGUUACAAAGAACUAUAGAAACUUUUUUCUAACAAGAACGUUCCCAGAUACUUUUUCUUGGUUGAUUUUGCAUAAAAAUCGAAGUUGAAGAAAUCUUUAAUUUUUGACCAAAGUGAUGGACGAACCCCUUUUGAAAAAUUCUAACUUUGCGUUUUUCAUAAAGAGUUGUUCUUAUGGUCUUUAAAGGCGUCUUUUUUAUGUAGAACGUCAGGAGACACUUUUUCUAAAUCUUUUUUUAAUAAACACAAAAUAUGGAAAAAGUUCAACUUUUUGAGCAAAAUCAUGGACUAUCCCCUUUGAAAAAAUGCCAAUUUUGCGUUCUUUUUAAAUCCAUGUUUAUAUUGUCUAAAAAGGCUUGUUUACUAACGAUAACAUCACCAAAUAGUUUUUUAAGGUGUAAUUUGGUUACAACGAAACGUUAACAAAAUUUCCAAUUUUUAACCAAAACUAUGGACUAACCCCUUUGGAAAAAUGCCAAUUUUGGGGUGUUUGAAAUCGAUGUUUUCAUUGUCCAGAAAGGCUUGUUUGCUAUAUAAGAGGUCGAAGAUCGUUUUUUGACGAUUUAUUUUCACGAUCUAUUACAUGGGAAUACAGGGGGUUACCAGGGGUUACAUGGAGUUACAGGGGGUUACAAGGGGUUACAAGGGGUUACAGGGGGUUACAAGGGGUUACAGAAGGUUACAAGUGGUUAUAGGGGGUUACAAAGAACUAUAGAAACUUUUUUCUAACGAGAACAUUCCCAGAUACUUUUUCUUGGUUCAUCUUGCAUAAAAAUCAAAGUUGAAGAAAUCUUUAAUUUUUGACCAAAGUGAUGGACGUACCCCUUUUGAAAAAUUCUAACUUUGCGUUUUUCAUAAACAGUUGUUCUUAUGGCUUUUAAAAGCGUCUUUUUUAUGUAGAACGUCAGCAAACACUUUUUCUAAAUCUAUUUUUGAUAAACACAAAAUAUGGAAAAAGUUCAACUUUUUGACCAAAAUCAUGGACUAUCCCCUUUGAAAAAAUGCCAAUUUUGCGUUCUUUUUAAAUCCAUGUUUAUAUUGUCUAAAAAGGCUUGUUUACUAACGAGAACGUCACCAAAUAGUUUUUCAAGGUGUAAUUUGGUUAAAACGAAACGUUAACAAAAUUUCAAAUUUUUGACCAAAACCAUGGACUAACCCCUUUGGAAAAAUGCCAAUUUUGGGGUUUUUGAAAGCGAUGUUUUCAUUGUCCAGAAAGGCUUGUUUGCUUUUUAAUUGUCGCAGAUCGUUUUUUCACGAUUUAUUUUCACGAUCUAUUACAUGGGAAUACAGGGGGUUACAAGGGGUUACAGGGGGUUAUAGGCGGUUACAAGGGGUUACAGGGGGUUACAAGUGGUUACAAAAGGUUACAAGAGGUUAGAGGGGGUUACAAGGGGUUACAGGAGGUUACAAGGCGUUACAGGGGGGUACAAAGAACUAUAGAAACUUUUUUCUAAGUAGAACGUUCCCAGAUAGUUUUUCUUGGUUGAUUUUGCAUAAAAAUCGAAGUUGAAGAAAUCUUUAAUUUUUGACCAAAGUGAUGGACUAACUCCUUUUGAAAAAUUGUAACUUUGCGUUUUUCAUAAAGAAUUGUUCUUAUGGUCUUUAAAGGCGUCUUUUUUAUGUAGAACGUCAACAAGCACUUUUUCUAAAUCGUUUUUUGAUAAACACAAAAUAUGGAAAAAGUUCAACUUUUUGACCAAAAUCAUGGACUAUCCCCUUUAAAAAAAUGCCAAUUUUGCGUUCUUUUUAAAUGCAUGUUUAUAUUCUCUAAAAAGGUUUGUUUACAAACGAGAACGUCACCAAAUAGUUUUUCAAGGUGUAAUUUGGUUAAAACGAAAGGUUAACAAAAUUUCCAAUUUUUGACCUAAACUAUGGACUAACCCCUUUGGAAAAAUGCCAAUUUUGGGGUGUUUGAAAUCGAUGUUUUCAUUGUCCAGAAAGGCUUGUUUGCUAUAGAAAAGGUCGAAGAUCGUUUUUUCACGAUUUAUUUUCACGAUCUAUUACAUGGGAAUACAGGGGGUUACCAGGGGUUACAUGGGGUUACAGCGGGUUACAAGGGGUUACAGGGGUUACAAGGGGUUACAGGAGGUUACAAGGGGUUACAGGGGGUUACAAGGGGUUACAGAAGGUUACAAGUGGUUAUACGGGGUUACAAACAACUAUAGAAACUUUUUUCUAACGAGAACAUUCCCAGAUACUUUUUCUUGGUUGAUUUUGCAUAAAAAUCGAAGUUGAAGAAAUCUUUAAUUUUUGACCAAAGUGAUGGACUAACCCCUUUUGAAAAAUUCUAACUUUACGUUUUUCAUAAAGAAUUGUUCUUAUGGUCUUUAAAGUCGUCUUUUUUUAUGUAGACCGUAAGCAAAGACUUUUUCUAAAUCUAUUUUUGAUAAACACAAAAUAUGGAAAAAAGUUCAACUUUUUGACCAAAAUCAUGGGACUUAAAAAAAAACCCCAAUUUUGGUUCUUUUUAAAAAAAUGUUUAAUUUUGGCUUUUUGAACGAGAACGAUAGUUUUUUUUAAUUGUAAAAGGAAGGUUUAACAAAAUUUAAAUUUUUGGUCAAAACAUGGAUCGUGUUUUGGAAAAAUGCCAAUUUAUUUUGAAACCGAUGUUUUCAUUGUCCAGAAAGGCUUGUUUGCUAUUAAAAGGUCGGAUCCUUUUUGACGAUUUAUUUAGACGGUUACAAGGGGUUACAGGUGGUUACAAGUGGUUACAAAAGGUUACAAGAGGUUAGAGGGGGUUACAAGGGGUUACAGGAGGUUACAAGGCGUUACAGGGGGGUACAAAGAACUAUAGAAACUUUUUUCUAACUAGAACGUUCCCAGAUAGUUUUUCUUGGUUGAUUUUGCAUAAAAAUCGAAGUUGAGGAAAUCUUUAAUUUUUGACCAAAGUGAUGGACUAACUCCUUUUGAAAAAUUCUAACUUUACGUUUUUCAUAAAGAAUUGUUCUUAUGGUCUUUAAAGUCGUUUUUUUUAUGUAGACCUUAAGCAAAGACUUUUUCUAAAUCUAUUUUUGAUAAACACAAAAUAUGGAAAAAGUUCAUUUUUUUGACCAAAAUCAUGGACUAUCCCCUUUGAAAAAAUGCCAAUUUUGCGUUCUUUUUAAAUCCAUGUUCAUAUUGUCUAAAAAGGCUUGUUUACUAACGAGAACGUCACUAAAUAGUUUUUCAAGGUGUAAUUUUGUUAAAACGAAACGUUAACAAAAUUUCAAAUUUUUGACCUAAACCAUGGACUAACCCCUUUGGAAAAAUGCCAAUUUUGGGGCUUUUGAAACCGAUAUUUUCAUUGUCCAGAAAGGUUUGUUUGCUAUAUAAAAGGUCGCAGAUCGUUUUUCACGAUUUAUUUUCACGAUCUAUUACAUGGGAAUACAGGGGGUUACAAGGGGUUACAAAAGGUUACAAGGGGUUACAUGAGGUUACAAGGAGUUACAGGGGGUUACAAAGAACUGUAGAAACUUUUUUCAAACUAGAACGUUCCCAGAUAGUUUUUCUUGGUUGAUUUUGCAUAAAAAUCGAAGUUGAAGAAAUCUUUAAUUUUUGACCAAAGUGAUGGACUAACCUCUUUUGAAAAAUUCUAACUUUGCGUCUUUUUUUUUCAUAAAGACUUUUGUUCUUAUGGUCUUUUGACCAAAAAUGGACGUCUUUUUUUAUGUUCUUUAGAACAUCAUUGCAAACAGUUUUUCGAAAUCAAAUAGUUUUUCAGGUGUAAUUUGGUUAAAACAAAAUUUGGAAAAACUUGAACUUUUUGACCAAAAUCGUGGAAAAAAAAAAUGCCAAUUUUGCGUUCUUUUUAAAUCCAUGUUUAUAUUGUCUAAAAAGGCUUGUUUACUAACGAGAACGUCACCAAAUAGUUUUUCAAGGUGUACUUUGGUUAAAACGAAACUGUAACAAAAUUUCCAAUUUUUGACCAAAACCAUGGGCUAACCGCUUUGGAAAAAUGCCAAUUUUGGGGUUUUUGAAACCGAUGUUUUCAUUGUCCAGAGAGGCUUGUUUGCUUUUUGACCAAAGUGAUGGACUAACCCCUUUGGUGUUGUUAUUGUUUAGAAAGGCCAUUUGACGAUCGAGAACGUUACCAAAUACUUUUUCUCGGUGUAUUUUGCAUAAAACGAAACUUUAACAAAAUUUCAAAUGUUUGGCCAAAACCAUGGACUGCAAAUUUUCUGGUUUUUGAAACCGAUGUUUUCAUUGUUCAGAAAAUCUUGUUUUCUAUAAUCGUUUUUUCUCGAUUUAUUUUCACGAUCUAUUGUAUAGGGAUACAGGUGGUUACACGGGUUACAAGGGGUUACAUUGUGUUAUAGGUGGUUACAAGGGGUUAGAGGGGCUUAGAAAGUAUUACAUAAAACUGGUUUUCUAACUAGAACGCCUCCAGAUACUUUUUCGGUUUUUUUCUCAAUGUUUUGGUGACUCAAUAAUUCAGAAGAUAAUCUUGCGUCUUAAAAACUUUUUUUUUCCGAAUUGAAGCCCACUAAUUAUUUGGUAAAAGAAUAAAAGGAGUCAAGGAAAGCGAAAGAAGAUGGGCGGGAAAGAAAGGAAAAAUGGAAGUCAAGACUGCUGAAAUUUUGCUUUUUGCGCGUGCCCGAUGUUAGGAAGCUAAUAUUUUGCAUCUGGAUCAGAAGACCGCGAAGUGUAUGUUCCGUAAAGGGUGUGUGGGUAUGAUUAGGUUGUUUUUAGCCAGACAGAUAUUUAGAAAUUUCGCUAUUAGCUUCAAAACUCAUUUUUUUUUGGCAAAAUUCGCAGGAGUGAAUGUCUAAGUUUCGUAUACACUAGGUUAUCUUUUUUUAUGGCCAAAAGUUGGCCUUUGCCUCGUAACAAUUCUUUCUGAUGAAACACUUAAGAAAGUUACAGGGGGUUACAAAAUGUUACAAGGGUUGCAUGGGUUACAAGCUUACAGGGGGUUACAAGUUGUAACAGGUUGUUACAAGGAGUAACAGGUGCUUACAAAGGGUUACAGGGGUCUAGAAGGGAUUACAAGAGGUUACAUGGGGUACAAGAGGUUUCAGGGGUUUGCAAAGGGUUAUAGGGGCCUGUUUUGUUUUUACGAUAUAGAGAUGACCUUCCGAAUUGUGUCAUGUAUUCACAACCUAGAAUGUAUGCUGACGACACUAAUAUCACCUAUGCGAACAAUGAUGUUGAAAAAAUAGAGCGUUGUGUUAACAUAGAUUUAGAUAGAAUUCGUAUAUGGCUUGCAGCGAACAAACUUACACUAAACACAACUAAGACAAUUUCUGUUAAAUGGGUCCAGGUUAAGACUGUCAACGCCAAAAAGGAAUCCCAUAAGUGUCGACUUUAAAAUCCCUGGGUGUUGACAACGAUGGAAAUCUUCCUUGGGAGUUUCAUAUUAAUGAAAACUCGAAGAAGAUUGCUUCUGGCAUAAGUGCGAUUAAGCGUAUUACGUAUUUUCUCCCUUUUGAGAUUCUUCUUAACGUAUACAAUUAGCUGGUACAGCCACACUUUGAUUACUGUAAUGUAGUAUGAGGAAAUUGUUCUAAUAACCUAUCUUCUAAAUUACUGAAUCGCGCCGCUCGCGUUCUAACUUUCUCUAAUUAUGACUGCGGUACUAGUGAAUUGUUUCAAAAUUUAGAGUGGUCGAAACUUGUCCAUCAGCGCGUAGUUAGUAAAGCAAUAAUGAUGCACAGCAUUGUAAAUAACACAGCUCUAGAAUAUCUGACUUUGCGUUUUGUUCGUCGCUGCGAUUUGUAGUUAUAACCUUAGAGAGAAUGAAUACAAGCUCGCUGGGGGUUACAAGAGAUUACAGGAAGUUACAGGGGGUUAGAGGGGGUUACAAGUUGUUAGAGGGGGUAAUAAGGGGUUACAGGAGGUCACAAGAGAUUGCAAGAGGUUAA